AACGCCUCGCCACGCCACGCCUCGCCAUGGCAACGCCUGCGCUACCUGCUGCUGCCGCCGCUGCCGCUGCCUACGUGCUUGCAGCAGCGAUGCUACUGCCCCUGGUGUCGUCGUUACCGCAGCUGAGAGCAGACUCGCAAAUCGUGUUCAGCGCAGACGAUGACAGCAUCGACCCCAGGUUCCUGGCUGGGGGCACGUCAGCUAACGAGGUAGGCCGCAGCACGCGCUACCCAGGCGGCUGGGGCAGGCCGCUUUUCAUCACGACAACGCCCAAGCCUGAGCAGCCUCGCCGCCAGACGCGGCCGCCCUACGUCGACUACGACGAGCUGUUCAUCUUCGAUCGGCCCUCCAUGCCCAUCGAGUACGUGCCGCGCACCACCAGCCCCGCCACCACCACCGGCAGUGGCUCCACGCGCGAGAACUGCAACUGCCCCACCACCAACGAGUACAACCCCGUCUGUGGCACAGACCACGUCACCUACUCAAACCCGGGGCACGUCUACUGUGCCAAGUACUGUGGCAAGACCGCUGCACUCACAGAGAGGAUCGCCAUGGCAACGCAAGUGUCUGUCACCGCCGCCGCCGCCGUCAUAGUGCUCGUAGGUCUACUUGUGCCCCAGGUUUUCGCAUUGCCACAGUUCGAAAGAGAACCUGAAUUUCCACCAGAUGCAGAUGAAGACGACAUUGAACCAUGGUUCCUGACGAGAGGCUGGCCUGGGAAUGAGGUACAUCCUGACAGGUGGCAGCCUGACGACUGGCGCCCUCCCUUCUUCCCGCACACGACCAGCCGGCACCAGCGUUUCUUCACGACCACGACCAGCCGGCCGCCGCGCCGCCAGCAGCAGCCCAGACGCCCAGAGCUGGACUGGCCGCCCCCACCUCCUCAGGAUUUGGACUGGCGUCCCAGGCCUCCUCAGGGACCUCGGCCAAGCAUGAGGCCUCCCACGCCUUCUGUUGGUGUCAGGCGUACCACGAGCCGGCCCACCACGAGCCGUCCAAUGACGAACCGCCCAAUCACGAGCCGUCCAAUCACGAACCGUCCCAAUACGAGCCGUCCAACCACGCCCAGCGCUGGCGCCGCGCCCCAGGACUGCAACUGCCCGUCCACCAACGAGUUCAACCCCGUCUGUGGCACCGAUGGCGUGUCAUAUCCCAACCCCGGCCGCCUUCGCUGUGCCAAAGACUGCGGAAAACGUGUGUCUGUGUACCACAUAGGCAACUGCGUGACGACGUCGACAAGCCCACCGAGCAGGGUCGGCUCCGGCCUUCCACCGUGACGCCGGCAGCCAGACCGGAAUUUUUAAUUACUCGCUAUGAAGACUUUGUGG